CACUCACACACACACACACACACACACACACACACACAGAGCGUUGUCUCCUCCCUCCACCACUUGCUUUCUGAAAGAUUUCAUGUUUGCUGUGUGACUCCUGGGGUGAAGACACAUUAUCAAGCAGAAGAAGAACCGAGUCAAGAGAGACAGAAAGAAAGAAAGGAAGAAAGGAUUCUUGUUUCCACUCUGGAUUGUGGAAACAUCAGUGAAGUGAUCUCACUUUUCUGUGAAGCUGGAGGAGUCUGCAGAUCAGAGGAAGAACCCUUUCUAGCAAACGUAAACAUCCGACCCUCAAACUGCAAGUCUGGAGCUGAUCCAGGAUGCUGUCCUACCUCACUCUGUUGCUGGGGAUAGUGGCCUCUGCUGCUUCAGAAUGGAGGCGCCCGGUGAUACGCUUCAAUUCUAAGGUGGUGAGGAGUUCUGAGGUCUUGGUCACACCUGGGAACCCACUGGAUUUAAGGUGUGAGGGUGACAGCCACGUCAACUGGCAAACCAGACUACCCAAACAACGGCACUAUGUGCUCAAGGGAAAAGGGAAUGUCCGCACCUUAAAGGUGGAGCAUCCCUCUGCAGAAUUUACCGGAACAUACAGGUGUUAUUACACUGCUGGGCCUCAGUAUCGUUAUCUGACCUCCUCAGUGCAUGUGUACGUACAAGAUCCAGAUCCAAGCCGCGCGUUCUGGACCAGCAGCACGUCCCUGCGUGUGGUGAAGAAAGAGGGUGAGGACUAUCUCCUGCCCUGCCUGAUCACCAACCCAGCAGCCACAGACCUGGGCCUCCGCAUGGACAACGGGACCAGUGUGCCGCCAGAGAUGAACAUUACAGUUGACCGACAUCGGGGCAUUCUCAUCCACAACCUGCAUCCCAGCUUUAACGCUGACUACGUCUGCACGGCCAGGGUCAACGGACUGGAGAAGACCUCCAAGGCCUUCUCCAUCAACGUCAUUCAGAGGCUUCGUUUUCCUCCGUAUGUUUUCUUGGAGACGGAUGAAUAUGUGCGCAUCGUUGGCGAGAAACUCGCGAUCCGCUGCGCCACACACAACCCCAACUUCAACUACAAUGUCACCUGGAAAUACACCACCAAGUCGAAACCAACCGUUGAGGAGAGGGCUCGCUCCAGUGGAGAAAACCGCCUGGACAUAAAGAGCACACUGACCAUCUCUGCUGUGGACCUUGCAGAUACAGGAAAUAUCACCUGUAUUGGCACCAAUGAGGCAGGAGAGAACAGUUCAACCACAUACUUGCUGGUUGUAGAUAAGCCCUAUAUCAGGCUGUUGCCCCAGUUGUCCCCCAAACUGGCCCACAAGGGUCUGUUGGUCGAGGUGAACGAGGGAGAAGAUCUGGAACUCAGCGUGGUCAUCGAAGCGUACCCUCACAUCACAGAGCACAGAUGGCACACGCCAACUUCUCCCAGCACGUCCACCCAGGAGCACAAGCUGAUCCGAUACAACAACAGAUACCAUGCAACUCUGCAGCAGAGGAGAAUGAAUGCACAGGAGCAGGGCCAGUACACCUUUUAUGCCAGGAGUGACCUGACCAACGCUUCCAUCACAUUCCAAGUCCAAAUGUAUCAGAGGCCUGUUGCUGUGGUGAGGUGGGAAAAUGUAACCACACUUACCUGCACGUCAUUCGGUUAUCCUGCUCCCAGAAUCAUCUGGUACCAAUGUCUCGGGAUACGGCCUACGUGCAAUGAGAACAACUCAGGGCUACAGAUGGCCAUCCCUCUCCAGGCCUCCACAGUGGAGGUACAGAGGGAGGAGAAUGGGGCCGUGGAGGUGGAGAGCGUCCUCACCGUGGGUCUGUCCAGUCAGAGGAUGACAGUGGAGUGUGUCGCCUUCAACCUCGUUGGUGUCAGCAGGGACACAUUCGCCGUGGAGGUGUCUGAUAAACUCUUCACUUCCACUCUGACUGGAGCAGCAGGGAUUCUGUCCAUCCUCCUUGUGCUUCUGGUUUUUCUGUUUUACAAAUAUAAGCAGAAACCCAGGUAUGAGAUCCGUUGGAAGAUCAUUGAGGCGAGAGACGGAAACAACUACACCUUCAUUGACCCCACUCAGCUGCCCUACAAUGAGAAGUGGGAGUUCCCAAGAGACAAACUGACACUAGGGAUGACUCUGGGAGCAGGAGCUUUUGGGAAGGUUGUCGAGGCCACAGCCUAUGGUCUGGGAAAGGAAGACAAUGUGACUCGUGUGGCUGUGAAGAUGCUGAAAGCCAGUGCCCACACAGAUGAGAAGGAGGCUCUGAUGUCUGAGCUGAAGAUCCUCAGCCACCUGGGACACCACAAGAACAUUGUCAAUCUACUGGGAGCCUGCACCUAUGGAGGACCAGUGCUUGUGAUCACGGAGUACUGCAGCCUCGGCGACCUCCUGAACUUCCUCCGCCAGAAGGCAGAGACGUUUGUGAACUUUGUUAUGAGCAUUCCUGACGCCAUGGAGAGCUCAAAUGACUACAAGAACAUCUGCAAUCAGAAACAGUUCAUCAGAAGUGACAGUGGGAUCUCCAGUGAAUCAUCGAGCAGUUACAUGGAGAUGAGGCCCAGUCAGCCCGUGAAUGCAGAAUCAACCCAAGAUGCUGCCUGUGUGGAGACUGGUGACUGGCCACUGGACAUCGACGACUUGCUGAGGUUUUCCUUUCAAGUGGCUCAGGGCCUUGACUUUUUAGCCGGCAAAAAUUGUAUUCACAGAGAUGUGGCUGCCAGAAAUGUCCUUUUGACCAACCACAGAGAGGCCAAGAUUUGUGACUUUGGGCUGGCACGUGACAUCAUGAAUGACUCCAACUACGUGGUGAAGGGCAACGCACGUCUGCCAGUGAAGUGGAUGGCUCCAGAGAGCAUUUUCGAGUGUGUGUACACCGUCCAGAGUGACGUCUGGUCCUAUGGCAUCCUCCUGUGGGAGAUCUUCUCUUUAGGUAAGAGUCCUUACCCUCGCAUGGCUGUGGACUCCAGGUUCUACAAGAUGGUGAAGCGUGGCUACACGAUGUCCCAACCAGACUUUGCCCCGCCUGAAAUCUACACGAUCAUGAAGAUGUGCUGGCAUCUGGAGCCCACGGAGCGUCCAACAUUCAACAAGAUCAGUCAGAUGAUAGAGAGACUACUCGGGGACCAACCUGAGCAGGAGCAGCUAACCUACCAGAAUGUUCAGCAGGAGGUCACAGAGGGUGAAGUGUGUGAUGAGUCCAAGUGCUGCAACGGCCCCUGUGACCAGUCUUGUGACCACGAGGAAGAGGAGCAGCCUCUGAUGAGGACCAACAACUACCAGUUUUGUUAAACGCCUUAACCAACAGCAACAACAAUCGAUGAAAAAAAAACAAAAAAAAAAACAGUCUCCCGUCGACAGGCAUCAGGAGAGCGGGAUAAGCUGUCAUUUGUGGCCAUAGUAUCACAGCUUGUUCCAACCGGUGGACAGUACCAGAGAGUCACUUCCACAGAUUUUUUUCCUCCCGCCUGUUCAUCACACAGACAAGCAGCUGGUACAAACAUGUGACUUGCUUUGCAGACCAUGACUAGAAAUUGCCACGUCUCAAAACCGACUGCAGACACGAAAGCAGGAAACAUGUCGACAAACCACAAAAACAUCCCAAGCUGUGCCGUACCCUCAACAUUCUGUGUGUCUACAUCCCCGUGAUGUAUAUUCAGUACCCAACAAAGUGCUUUCUCCUGUGUUCUUAAUUAUAUAGUGAACACUGUGUUUAUUAUUAUUACUGUUUUUUUUUUACUAUUAAAUGUCUCGUUUUGUGGAGAUUUCAGUCACUUUUGUCAGCAGGUUCACUUCAUCAUUUCAUCGCAUGUAUGGUUUCUCAGAGGAAGCGAUCCUCGAGUCGUAAACACUGGAUCCAAAACUGUGGAAACUAAUCUGCUCAUCUCAAUGUAGUAUCUUUUUUUAAUUAUUAUUAAUAUUAUUGUUAUUAUUAUCAUUCUUAUAUCACCUUAUUGAGCAUUUGAACAGCACAAGUGUGUGUUUUCCCUGGUUUGAGCGUGCCAAAUCCACCAUGGAGGAGGCAGAGAAUGGCCGCGUUGUUGUCCUCUUUAUGCUUUGAUCGUCGCUGCAUUUCUUGUGACACACAUACAGUAGCUGUCAGUUGGUAGCAACAUGUGAUUGUUCCACUUCAAUCUAAUUAAUUAACGAAUGUUCAAGGCUGACUUGGGAGCAGCAAAUACAAGUGAAAUGAGCAGGGAAAUCUGUGGAUCUAUGAUGGAUCGGAUAAACAAUGUUUAAUGUCUGACAAUGUGAACUUUUCAUUUUUCUUUUUUUUUUUUGGGGGGGGGGUUGUUGUUUGUGCAGCAGCGACGUCUCAUGUCCUGUAAAAAUGAGCGAUAGAAUAUAAGCUUCACUGAUGCCUUUAUGUAGCAGUCAGCAUACACUGCCAACUGUAUGAUAUUUUAGCAUAAUAUAUAUAUAUAUAUAUAUAAACUGUGUGUGUGAGAGAGAGAGAGAUACAGACUGCAAGUUUGCAUGACGUUGGGUAUUUCAAAUGUGCUUGUAUCUGAAUCCAGUGAGAUGCCCGACAAUGUAUAUUUAUCUCAUGAUGUAAAUCAAGAGUUGUCUUUAUUUUCCUUGAAAUGUAGAAUCCAUGUUAGCACGUCCGCAUUUCAUGUAUCAGUUGUGUGUGUGUUUGAUUUUGUGCAAAUAUGACAAUAAAUUCAAAAGCUGCCCUUUAAAUAAAUGAAAAACUGCUGAGGUUUUAAAUAAAGUUUUACCUAUAAAUUAA